CGCUAGCUCCGCGUCUCCUCCGCCGCCUGCUCCGGCCGAGACGGGGCAGAGGCGGAGCAUGGAACACGGGGCGCCCCGGGAGCCCCGCGAGCCCGGGCCGGGGGCAGAGACUGCCGCGGCCCCGCACUGGGAGGAAGCCAAGACUUUCUACGACAACCUCGCGCCCAAGAAGAAACCCAAAUCGCCCAAGCCUCAGAAUGCAGUCACCAUCGCUGUGUCGUCCCGAGCCCUGUUCCGCAUGGAAGAGGAGCAGCGGAUCUACACGGAGCAGGGCGUGGAGGAGUACGUGCGCUACCAGCUGGAACACGAGAACGAGCCCUUCAGCCCUGGGCCGGCCUUCCCCUUCGUGAAGGCUCUGGAGGCUGUGAACAGGCGGCUGCGGGAGCUGUACCCUGAUAGCGAGGAUGUCUUUGACAUCGUCCUUGUGACCAACAACCACGCUCAAGUGGGUGUCCGUCUCAUCAACAGUAUCAACCACUAUGACCUGUUCAUUGAGAGGUUCUGCAUGACAGGUGGGAAUAGCCCCAUCUGCUACCUCAAGGCCUAUCACACCAACCUCUACCUGUCUGCUGAUGCGGAAAAAGUGCGGGAAGCCAUUGAUGAAGGGAUCGCAGCUGCCACCAUCUUCAGCCCCAGCAGAGACGUGGCUGUAUCCCAGAGUCAGCUGCGCGUGGCCUUCGAUGGGGACGCGGUGCUCUUCUCGGACGAGUCAGAGCGCAUCGUCAAGGCCCACGGGCUGGACAGGUUCUUCGAGCACGAGAAGGCCCACGAGAACAAACCUUUGGCCCAGGGCCCCUUAAAGGGCUUUCUGGAGGCGCUGGGGAGGCUGCAGAAGAAGUUCUACUCCAAGGGCCUGCGCCUGGAGUGCCCGAUCCGCACCUACUUGGUAACGGCACGCAGUGCAGCCAGUUCCGGGGCCCGGGCUCUCAAGACCCUGCGCAGCUGGGGCCUGGAGACGGAUGAGGCCCUGUUCCUUGCGGGAGCACCCAAGGGCCCCCUCCUCGAGAAGAUCCGCCCACACAUCUUCUUUGACGACCAGAUGUUCCACGUGGCUGGGGCUCAGGAGAUGGGUACAGUAGCCGCCCAUGUACCGUAUGGCGUGGCACAGACACCCCGGCGGACUGCACCUCCAAAUGAGGCCCCAUCUGCACAGUAGCUGAGCCCCCAGCUUCACUGACCUGCAUUGCUCCAGGCUCAGCUCCCUGUCAUUCUUCAACGAGUCACACAGUGGCCCCUCCUAAUUCCUCACCAUUCUGCCCUUCCGCAUGUCUGCCCUCGUCCCUGUGAGUGCUGUACUUGUAGGAAACUAUGCAGACUGGCCCAGCAUUCUUACCAGCCCUCCUUUUGGGCUGACACUGUGCCAUGAUCCUGGCUAGGAAAGCAAGACUGUGCAGCGUUGCUGAAUUUAAGGGGAAGUUGAUGGAACUGAGGGUGGGAAGGUCAAAGAAGCCAGGAUGCCUCAACAGUGACUUAGGAUGAAAUUUAGCUCCAUGUAGUGCAAAGAACACUGAUUUGAGAGAGAAGGGAUGUGGCUUCUAAGCUCCAUCCUGGUAUUAACUGCAUGAUUUUGAGUAAGUCCCUUCCAUUCGUGGGCUUCAGUUUCCCCAUCUUUUAGGUGGUUUUCAAACUCUCCUUUACCCUUAGAAGCUUGGUUUUAUAAGAUUGCCCUCUUUGAAGGAAGCAUUCUGUGCCAGGGCUGCUGCUGGUAUAGACGGCACCUUUGUGCAAAUUACAGAAGAACGCUGUCUCUAGAAUGAAUUACGAAAAGGCGGCCCUUCUUCUGGGCUGCUCCAGUCCCAUGCUGGGAUACCCAGCUUGCUUCAGGAUAUAACAGGAUAUUUCAGCCCCCAAGGGCACCUUAGUCCGGAGGCCUUUGUUAUAUGGGCAAAAUGCAAACCGUCCCAUAGCAAUCCUACCUACAGUUUUAUACGUUUGGAAACCACUGGAAAAGACUUAUCUGCUUCCUGUGAUCCUCGAAUCUGAGCCAUCAAGGGGUCAGCCGCCAGAUGCAGGGUUCGUGAGAGGAGCCUGGGGGUGAAUUUCCCCUGCACGCAAACUCUCCUCCAGCCAGCAGGGGGUGCUGCAGGCUCUUCCUGGGGAGGAGCUCUAGCGGCAAUGGGCUCAGUGCUUUCUUUGCCUUUCCCUUAGCCAAAGUUCAGUUGUUCCUGCCUGCCAACCCCCUCACCUCAGCCCUCACUUCCCCAAUUAUUGCCUCUUGCUGUGCUGCCAAGCAUCUCUGCCAAUAGGGAAAGAGGAAGAGUAUCAGGGUUUACUGUUGUGGGCCCAAAUGAAAGGGAAGAAAGUUCAGUGGCUGCAGUGACGUACGUUGUCCAGGCUGAGCCCGAGGGAAGGCCUGUCUGGGGCGAUGUGGGGAGGUCUGGUCUGGGGCAGUGAUCAGUUAGAGAGGAAGGAGCUGAAAUGUGCGAUGGCAAGAUUCUCCAGCCAUGGGAUCGUGCAUGGAGAUAAUGAGCUCUCCGUCACUGGGAUGCUGUGCAAGGGACUCCAGGAUAAGGUGACUUCCCCCUGCAGUGCACUGAUGAAUCCUCCACCCCAGCAGGAGCCCCUUCGUCACCACUUCUAGGGGAGAACUGUCACUGCUUGAUGAGUCAGCCUCCUCCUUUGCUGACCAGCCUAGCUCUCUCCAGAGGGAGGGCAGGAGCACCGAUGGCUGGUCCUCAGGAAGACCCAGAAGGGGUGAGCAGAUGUCUGUGUGGGGGGCUGAUUGCCCGGCUCCCUGGGGGAAUCCUAGCUAUGAGCAAGCACUUUGUGAAGACAGCCAAAGGUAUCAUGGGGGUGGGGGAGUGUCGGGGGGAGCCUGGAGGUGUGUGCAGGAGAGCUGGAACGCUUUUGAGAGCAGAAAAGGGGGGAAGGGCCACCUGGAGCCUGACCUUUGUCCUUCUGAGGACUCAGCCCAGGAUCUGAAUGGACACAGGUUCUGGGUAUUAUAGAGCAGGGUAGUAGUUGCAGAAAGAUAAUCCGGGAAGGAGAAAAAAGUGAGAAGACAGAGGUGGUUCUUGAAAGGAGCAGCAGUUUGGGCCAGAAGUGCUGGGCUGGGCUUUCACUAUCAGCCGUGUCCCGCUGGGCCUCUUGGAGGCCUCCAGGAGGCGGGUCCUCGGGAGGAAGGGCAAGGCUGUGCUGAGUGCCUGGGGCGGACGCCCACUGCCCACGGCUGACUGCCUGAUCAGGGGAAGGGCAGGUGAUGAAGAUGUCCUUGUGCAAGGUCAUUUCCAUCCACAGCCAGCAUCCUUCUGGCCAACAGAGGAGACCUCAGGGCAGAGGGCCUGGUUCUGAGCUCCUUCCCCUGCCCGCGCCCCAUCCCAGCCAAGAGAUACUGUGAGACCUGAGAACUGCCUCGAGGAAUGAAAAGAAAGUGAGAAGGACAGCUCAACUCAAGUCACCUCGGAUCCUGGCUGAACCACGUAAGGGCUUCUGCCACCUCCCCCUGACCCCCUCGGAUGAGCCUUCAGGACUCACACAGCCAGCUGGUGGUCCACAGAAUGGCAUUAGGCUAUGAUGACCACACAUACGCUAUGAAGGCAGCACCAGAUGUCACCUAAUUAAGACAAACCCCAGGGAUCCUGGGAACCAAGAGGUCCUGCCCCCAGAGCCUAGUGAUCAACACCUGAUUCUUCUAGGUCUCCCAGGAAGCAGGCAAAUAUGAUGCUGGAAGCAGAAAGAUAAGCCACCAUUAAUAGAAAUAGACAGCCCUGGGCAAUGAGAGACACUGGGGGUCCAAAUUCUAUUAUUGAAACCAUAAAUGAGCAUCUCAGGCCUGGAAAAAAGGCUUCUAGUAGCUGGAAUAAAAGGCCAGAAGUCCUGGGGCCAGGCUUAGGCAGCUGCCAGACACACUUGAUCGUUUCAAGCAGGGAGGAGGAGCCCUGGGGCGAGGAGCAUCGUGUAUUUCAUCACCAGACAAAUUCAAAAGCCAGGUGAGCACAAAGCCCCAGGCCCAACUCUGGCCUGCAGCCCUGGGCAGAGGGGCCACAGCUCCCGAAAUCUGGACCCCUGUUGCCAACAGCACUGCUUCUGCAAGUCCUGCAGAACACUUCCCAGGAGAUGCCUGCCAACGAAGUCCCAGACUCAAUGGAAACUGCCACUUAGCAGAAAAACAGAAGCCCUGUUACUGCGUGCUAAGACGGCUAAGAGGGCUGCAAAACAGCCCCCUCCCCUUCCUGAGAGCCCAAUAGGAAGGGUGGGAGUGCAGCAGAAAACGCCAGAAGAAUUCAAAACCAGCAAGAAGUUCAAAUCCAAAAUGGUCUGGCAUUAUAAUGAUAUUCAACCAGUGUGCACCAGUCCAGGCAAACUGGUGCUUAAAAUAUUGAAAUACCUCUGUAACCGUUGGCAAAUCACGCUGCCUAAGCCCCUGAUUGCUGCUGAGUGGCCUCCGCUGGCCUGACCCCUCCACUGUGAUCAGUGCUUCCUCCCAUGAUCCAGCAAAAGGGUCCUCAGGAGGCUGCACCAGCAUGAUGGCCAGUGUCCACUCUGUUUGGUGGUGCCCCGGCCAUACUGAUUUAGAGGGGCGAAGUAACUUGUCCAAAGUCACACAGCUAGGAAGCGGCAGCACGGGGACUGAAGCUCGUGUCUGUCUGAUGCUGGGACCCAGGCUCAACCGUUUGCCAUAUGGCCCGUACACCUGCUUAGAGGCGGCAAUAGAAGCUUCAUAGCAAAGGAGUUCACCUGAUAGUCAGUUCACAUGUUGACUUCCUGCAUGUUAUUUUAAUACACUUGAGUGUGUACAUUUUUGUUAUACCUUCCUAAAUAGCUAAGAAUAAUUUAAAGCCAAACAUUUGCAGCCCCCCUGAAGUACCUCCAAACACCCCCAAGUUCUAUGAAGGCCAGUCUGAAGACCCUGCAUUGGGCUAACACAGGGUUGGCAAACGGUGGUUCCUUGGGCCAAACCUGGCCCACCCCCUGUUUUGAUAAAGAAACUUUUGUUGAAACACAGCCAUGCCCGUUUGUUUGCAGAUGUCUACGGCUGCUUUUGCACUGCAGCAGCAGAGUCGGAUUGUUUCAACAGAGAGCACGGAGCUGAAAAGAUUUAUCUUUACAGACAAAGUUCGCUGACCCCUGGGCUAAGGCAAACCUCCCUGGACCACUCCUCAGUGGGAGAGACCAGCUCACAUCCACCGAAGCAUUGGGAGGUGGAGGCUGGCUCUGUUGCCCACAGGGCAGCACGUGGGAGCUCCAUGCCCACCUGCAAGCAUUGUUAGGGCUGCAAAGAAUUGCAGAGUUGAUGCCAACACAGCAGACCCUUGGCGUCUGAGGAUUAAGACUUCAACUUUUGACUAUUUUCAAGUGACCCAUGGCCUGUUGUCAUUUGAAAUGUUGUUGAUGCACAAAUUUGACUCGGGUGUGCCCUCCCAAGCUGAUUAGUGAGGGGCAGGGAGCAGGACCCCUGGCUGGGGUCGAGCCCAGCUGGCAGUGCAGCAUCUGCUCAGUGUGGCUUUGUUGUUCUCAGCUUGUUAUUGCCCUCAUGGGGCCUCUCGAGGAGUGAUAAGUGCUGGUAGACGGAUGGGCCUUGGUUAAAUAUUAGUUUUGGAUAAAGCGAAGUGCCCCGUGUUGACUUUAGUGCUCAGAUCUCACGAGUCCUCCACAUGUUCUCUGUGGCAGCAAGAACAAACUGUUCACGACAAUGGUCCCAGUGAGCGCUGUAUCGGUGCAGAAGUUACUAAUCAAGCAAGAGAUAAAACUCCAGUGAAAGAUGGAAUGGCAGUUUUCCUGUGGUAUGAGGGUGUGAGCAACAAACACACAUGCCUCAUGAUGGAAUUGUGGACCAGGAGAAAUCUAGGACCCUGCAGAUCUAGGGAUUUACCAAGGUUCCAGGAUCCACUGCAAGAAUGGCAAGUGCGGAAGCAGUCCCACCUACCGCCAUGGUUGAUGUCGCCGUUCCAUCAUGAUACUCUUCUCCGCUAAGCCUAGACUUGGCCUCAGAAUCCUUCUCAAUCCAGCAUUCCAGGCAGCCACUACAUGAGGGAUGGAAUCCUAUUUUGCUGUCCUUUCUGGUGUUGGGUAUUGCUUUCCAGGGAGCAUGCAAGGCCCUGAAUGUUCAUUCUCUGAUGCUGUGGUGCGACUCUGAGGAUGCCAGGGUCUCACCCGACUCGGACAGAACAUAAAGAAGAGGGAGAAUAGCAUCCUGUAGUUGGUGGCUUCCUGAGAAGGGGUGCGUGAGGAACUGUCCUGGGUUUCACCCAGUCUUUGAGCAAAGUAAAAACCCCCUCCUGCCAGUAGGUGGCACUGCAGGCCCACUCUCAGCCUCUGGCCUCGCUGGUUUCAUUCACUGGUUUAUUUUUCUCUCCUGCCAUGUUACUUGGUGCAGUGCUGGACUCCUGCAGCUAGCUAAGCCAAAAAGGACUUGAAGGGCUCUGAAAAUGUUUGUUAAAAAUACCUGUGUGAGAAGCUGAUUGCUCUUACCAACAACCACUGUGAUUGUGUGUAUGGACACACCCCUGUGAGUGUGUGCAACAGGAUAAAAACUGCAUGUGUGCAUGUUUAUGUGGGUGUGUGUAACGAGUCAGAAAUCUCUGCUGACAACUCUGUGUGUGUGUGUGUGAGUGUGAGUGUACAAGAUGGUUAUCUCUGCUAACUGAGCAUCCUGAGUUCCACAUAUUGAUGGCCAGCCCUGCUUCUUGGGACUAGUUCUGGCUAUUCCCAUCAUCUCAUGGGCAUUAGCACAUGCUCAGGGCGGGGGCUGCUGAGGCCAGGCUUCUUGUCUUUCUCUCCAGUUUCUAGCCUCUGGCCAACAAGGUCUUGGUCCUAACCCUCUGCCUCCCGCCCCUAAUCCUUGCAGCUUUGGGAAGGAAGUGGUAAAAUCUGUGCUAGGACAACCCUUUUGGCUGUACCUGCUUCACCAUCUCUACUUGUUUCUUCCCUUCCUCUGAAAGUCCAAGGCCAACAUGCAUAGUUGGGCAGAUUGUGCACUGCACAAAUUCAGAUGGAGCCAUUCACACUAACUAUGACAUAAAGUGUAAAACCAGCCAAUUGUUCCCAGCUGCCCUGGUCAUCUCAUGGCCAUGGCUAGAAAAACUGCCUUCUUCCCUGCCCCCCUGGCCCAGCCCAGCCUAAACUGGGAUUCCUUCCUCUGCUUGGGUGUUCUAGUCUGGCCCAGAAGUGACUUAUGCUUGGCUUUGAUGAGGAAUUCUCUCCCUGCUGGGCCAUCCCCCAGAGACCUUUGGGAUUCAAUUUAUGAAAGUGAAAUAUGGCUGGCAGCUUUUCAGUUACUCAUCUUUGCAAAGUGAGAGGCCCCUGUAAGACUAACCAAAGUUCUGGGGACUGGGGUCACUGACUCCCACGCUCCUGGCCUGGGGGUGAAUACACCUUCAUGGGCCAACUGUGGAGAUGGGUCUGCCACAGAAUUAGGGUAAAGGCCUCAAGGCUAGGCUUGUAGCUGCCACCAAGCAGAAAAUCAUGAAGUCACCACACACUGGAUGCCAGGGCCAAGUCACAAACCCUGAUGCCCCCAAGGGCCAGGCAGGAAACAGAAAGGAGCGAAGAGGAUUAGGCGGGGUCUUCGGUGAAAACACUCUGUCGUCUGACACGGGUGCUGCCAUGUGGGCAUGCAGCCUGGUGUUGCUGGGUCUUCCACCCCAUUUUUCAAGGGAAGCUAGAAAUCUGGACUUCUAAAUGUUGGCAACUGUUUUGAGUUUAGAAAACACUGCGCAGGCCAAAUAAAACACAUCUUGCAGGCUAAAUCCAGCCCUCGGGUCUCCAGUCUGCACCCACUGGCCCAGGUCCAGGGAACUGGGUUUUUCAGAACCGAGUAACUGAGAGUGUAAGAAUAUUACCCUCAGACUCACAGAGUUUGGGAUCUUUAAGAGACCUUAGAGAUAACCUAGUCCAUCCCUUGUGUGUUUUAAACUGUGUACAUCGAACUUCUUUAUUAAUUAAUAGCACACACAUCCUUAACUUCCGGUUUCUACUUAAAAGUAUCUCAGUACCUCCAAUUUAGGACAAGAUUUGAAAUGAAGCCUCUACACAUGAUGUGCUUGUAUCUACCUGUCAGAAGCGCUGUUUUAUACCAUUUGCUUUAUGAAAGCUCUACUUUUAUCUUUUGCAAACAUGGACUGCCCGGUCUUCCAUAUAACCUGACCUCCUUGGGUUGUUUUUGAUGGUACAUCUUCUAAGUGCCUCCUUAAACCAUCGGAGCAUGUGUUUCUUCAUUUGCGUGACUAUCCUCGCCCUGCCCCGAGGAUAAGACUGCUCCUGCUUUUCCUGGCUUUGCCCCUCCCUGGGCUGCUCUCAGCCCUCCCCAGGCCCCAGCUCUGUCUGGCUCUGCAGCAUUUACCCAGUCACAGGACAAAAGGGUGCUGCGUGCUUGUCAGUGUGGAUCCCUCUCACUCCCCAUGCUUGUCCUCUAACUUAAUUUUGCAACAUGGGCCUCUGCUUCUUAAAAGCCAUUCAAAUAAAAGAAGACUUUUAAAAUAAACUUA